AUGCAUUUUCCGCACUCGUUUUUCCAAACAGGACCAUUAUUCUCGGACGAAUACGACUUAAACGGAAACGAAAACUUUGACGACGAAAACAACAACUUCUUUUCGACCCAAACGCUUUUACGCCGGAAAAGAGUCACCGCGAAGCAGUUUCACUUUCCGUCGCAAACGUUUCUGCGAUAUUUCUGGUACGCGCGAUUCGGGUUAAUCGUGUGCGCCGAGCCGUGUGGAGGAAGAAACGACGAUGUGGAUGGUUUUUUGAGGAAGGUACGCUCGAUGGGGACGACGAUACCGACGGACGACCACGGAGGUUUUCGAAGACGAGGGCAACAACAACAACAACAACGACAACGGGAGGAAAACUCGUAUUAUUGGUACCGACGCGGUGGUGGAGGAGGAGGACGAGGGAGAAUUCCGAAACCGAGAGAAGGACGAGGAGGAGGAGGAAGAGGGGGAGCGAAGUUUUAUCGGCACUUUUCUCCGUCGUCGUCGUUCCGCGGCGACGCUACUCGAGGCCUCGGCGGGGGCGUCGGCAGUGCUGGGUUUCGACACCACCGGGAUGAAGGAGCUUCGAGCGGAGAAGACGGCGGCGCGUGGUCGAUGGUUCCUUUGAUUUCGGCGUCUUCUCGUUCGUCUUCAUCGACGUGCUCGUCUUCGCAAAUCUCGUCGUAUGGAGGAAUGAAUAUUCCGUAUUAUGGUUCUCCGUAUGUAGAUUAUGAAGCGGCGUUCGGACUCUCGCCAUCUUUUCGAAGAAUCGGCGGCGGACAAAGCUCGACGAAACGAAGAUUAAGACGAUUAGAGGAACGCAUCGCUUUGGGGAUUAACUUGGACGAGAACGGAAUCCCGUUUGAUCGCGAAUUGACCGAGGAGCAACGGGAACGGUUGUUUGAGUUUCGAGCGUUCAAGAAGGAGUUGGAGAGGAGUGAACCUUUCGUGGAGAACGCCGAGGCACUCGGUUUGUUUUUGGAGUACGAAGAAGAGAAGAACGUACUUUUGCUUGGAUGUGGGACUUCUUCUUCUUCUUCUUCGUCGUCGUUGUCGGGGUCUCCGAGUACUACUACUACUGCUGUUCACAGUAGUAGCAGCAAAAGCGGGAGCGACAAUACCAACGACGAAAAUACGGACUCAACCGACGACGACGACGACGAGAACAAAGAGGACAACGUCGUCGAACGAGAGAAUCGCUACCAUCAAAACGACAAAAACGACAGCAACGACAUCGAAAACGAACAUUCGUGUUUCGAUCUGGAGACGUUCGUAAAAGACGUCGCCGAGCGCUUACACGUGGAUGAUGACUCUAUCGACUCCGAGACGGAAUACAAAGACGGAAAUUCAAAAGGUACUUCCAGCGGCGUUUCGUCGCUAGAUGUUUCGCACGAACAGCAAUAA